AUGGCGCUGCGUCCGCAAAGCGGAGGCAGACCGCUUCGUCCGCCUUGGCAUUGCUUAGCUUUGCUUGCGGUCAUUCUCAGUAUUUGGUUGGAAGGUUGCGAUGAUGAGCCGCAAACCUGCUACCCAGAUAGCUCUGCUUCAGACACUGGGGAGUACAGUUGCGUCAGCAACCGGUAUUGCUCCCGGCAAGAUUUUGCAACAGUUCUCCCCAAUGCUAUGAGUCUUCAGGAGUGCAUGGAUGAGUGCAAGAGCCGCAACUGUCAAGUCAUUCAAUAUGACUGUGGCACCCAUUGUUGGCUUCUUGAUAGCUGCGGGGAUCAUGUGGAUUCAGGCUGCCAGAGCAGCAUCUACUACAGAGAUUUGAAUUUCGUGGCCAGCACCACCAGCACCACUACCGUCUCUGUAGAGCUGGGCUCGCUCUUCACAGGGGGACAUGCUUGUGGCACUGAACUGACGACAGUUUGCGGGAGUAGCCUCUACUACAAGCAAGCUGGUGCUGCUGUUUCGACCAGUGACCCCAACUUGCUGGGCUCGCUCUUCACAGGGGGACAUGCUUGUGGCACUGAACUGACGACAGUUUGCGGGAGUAGCCUCUACUACAAGCAAGCUGGUGCUGUUUCGACCACUGGCCCCAACGUGCCCGGAGGAUGCUUUCCUAGCACCUUUGACACAGGAUCAUACACCUGCUCCGCAGAGAAAUAUUGCAUGAACCAGGCCAGUGCACUGCAGUUGGGGACCAUGUCGCUGACGCAAUGCAUGGCGGAAUGCGACAGUCGGUCUGGGUGCACGUCCUUACAGUACGACUGCGGUACUGAUUGCUGGUUGAUGGUGACUGAUGUUUGCGGAACUGAAUUGCCGACAAGUUGUGGCAGCAGCGUGUACUACAAGGCAGGGGAGGUGUACGAUUGCGGUGCCGUUCAAUAUGACUGCAACACGGAUUGCUGGCUGCUGAGGACUUGUGACAGCUAUGUCACUACCUCAUGCGGAAGCAGCGUCUACCUACGAGAUUCUCAGGGAUGGCCUGCAGCCACCACAACCACCACCACAAUCUUUGGCGAAUGCUUCCCUACGACUGCAAUGUCGUACGACUUUGCCGACUUUUUGUGUCAACCAGCAGUGUACUGUGGAAACCAGGCAUACGCUGGCAUGUUCGGGGCCAUGACGAUACAUCAAUGUGCGGAGAUGUGCAGGCACAACUCCACAUGUCAGGCCAUCCAAUACGACUGCAACUCUGAUUGCUAUCUAUUGGAUUCUUGUACUACUCAAAUAACCAGCGUUUGUGGCAGCAGCGUGUACCUCAAGAUUUCUUCAGCAACGAGCGUCCCGGGUGGUACCUAUCUGCUGGCGGAUGGUCACACGUCAAUCACCUACAGCCCUUCCUCAUGCGACUACGACGAUUGCCUCGUCACCGCCACGUGUCCAAGCGGCAGCUCGCCUAUUGAGUGUGCGACUAUCCCACCUCAGAGUGGGGAUGGUGCCUAUCAGGGAACCUAUUCAAGUGGAGUAAUCCACGGAGCUGUCAGCAGCUGUGAAGCUAAAGGGCAAGGCAGUUCGAAAACAGUCAUCGCACAGGCCAUCUGCUCCGACCUCGUGGACACACAUUCCGAAGGAACAUCGACAAUGACCACUGGCGAUUUGUGGGUGGAAUGUAGCGAUGGUUCUGCUGUCUCCUGCAAUUGCUGGACAGCAUGGAGGGUGACGGAAGUAUGUGGUGAAGGCCGAGGCACAUUCGCUCCUACUAUUACAGCAGGCAAUGCGCCAAGGUGCGAGCAGACGAUCCCGACGUCUGGCGACGGUGGUGGAAUCAGUGCAAUUUGUGCAAAAGGAAAAUACUCGGCAAGUUAUCUUUGGUCUUCCAAUGUCAUCACUGCGGAUGACUCUGUGCAGUACUGCGGUUGGUCACAGGACCUGUAUGCCACUACUAGUAGUGAAAUUGUAGAGGCGGACUGUCGCGCCUGGAUGAUCGAAGACGAUUCCUCACUUGGUGGCUGCAGAAGCACUGAGUGCACCCGCUUGUCGGAUUGCGAACGAAUUUGUAGCCGAUGUGGCCAAUGCACUGGGUUUCUCCAUAGCAUUGUUCUGGGUGCUGAAGUCACGAGCGGCCUUUUUUGCACAAUGGUGGUGGCACCUUCAAGUUCGGGGAUCAACACCAUUCUCGAUCAACCGCCCGAUGUGAUGAUGGUGGGUGCGGUGGGUGCAGUUUUCUAUGUGAACACCAGGCACCAGCAGUGCAGUCGCAUGGCUUCCAUCUCCCGGGUCAGCCUCUUCAGCGACAAAGCGUGUACAACUUUGGUUAAACCCACCUCUGUCGUAGAUGACCUUGGACAAUCGCUUUCUGGACACUGGUCAUACAUUCACUCCUAUGUCCCUACAUGUCUUCCAAACUGUGUCUUGGAAGACUCCUUCUACAAGGCGGCCUUCGCACAGAGCACGGGGGUUCUUUGUGCAGUGCUCCACUCCACCGAAGAAUUUAGCAAAGGCUGGCAAAUUCGACUGGAUGCCAACGGCGGGGGGGAAGCUGCUUCAACAUUCUUUCCACAACUAAGCAGCUUGCUGGCCGAGUCCAGCUAUGGCACGGCAGUCUCGUUUGGCACUUCGCCCAAUCUAGUGGAAGGAAAGGAAGUAUUCUUCACUGGAGACUUGACAAUCACGUGCAGCGAACUUGUCGGUUAUGCUGGCAAAUGCCGUGGUGGUGAUGCGGGUUUGUGGCGGCUGGAUAUCGCGGCUGCCCUUGCCAAGAUGUUGGCCAUCGAGCCACACAUGGUGCACGUUUUCAAUACCCGCCGGCUUCGACAAGACCGACGUCUGCAGACAGUGCAGAUGCUGUUCUCUGUGACCAUCCGUUUCUUCGUCGACAAGCCUCACCAGGCUGCGCUGGCGAACAGUGUGGCAGCUCAACUGGAGGACAUGCAGCAGCAAUAUUCCAGCUUGUUCAAUCAAACGCUCAUCAACCUGAUUGCACCAUUCAAUGACAAGAACCUAGAUGUCACGUCCUUGAGCACGUUCACCCGCUCCGACUUUGGACCUGAUUUUGUGGAACUGCCAACAGCAGCUCCAUCAACGACAGUGGUGACGGCCGCAGCAACCACCACUGUGGGACUUCAAGCCACUCCAUCUCCAGGUGUACUCACUGAGGAAGAUGAUACCGGCAUAAUCCUGGGCAUCGUGUUUGGCACUUUUGGAUUCAUGGCCAUUUUUUUCACCGUUUGUAUCCUUUGCAGAAAGAAGAAGAAAGUCACUCACCCAGCACCAGUCUUUCGAGGAGGAGUGUCCUCCUCUGGGCCAGAGGCAGUUUCUGUUGUUGGAAAGGCAGAAGUGCUCCACGACAGUGAUGAAGGAAUGGCGCCUUUGAGCAAUGAUGCGUACAAUUCCUUGCCCGGGUACUGGAACGCGCGCAAAGACCUCAAUCCAACCUUCGAGAUGGACUUUGAGACGGCCAACAGGAGCAAAAAAGAUGACCUCAGGUUCGACGAUCUCAUGUACGUAUCAUACAAGAACAUGGCGCAUUUUCAAGAUACUUGGGAGCAAACUUACCAAGACAUCGUGACACAGGAUCGUUUGUGCCCCAACGGGACGCAUGACAAGACCAGAGGAGGCUGUCCCUGCGUACAGGUGGGUGGAGACCCAGGUUUGCCCAGCGACUUUCAAGUGAUGCGUGUCAUCCGAGUGGAGGAAUCUGGAAUGUUCAAUCGGUACGUUGCGAAGCGGGAGCAAAUUAGGCAAAAGCGCUUGGAGACGGAUGGAAAAACAUGUGAAGCUCCAGAUCCUCCUUUCUUCACACGCGACUGGAUGGCGUCAAAUCCAGACUCCGAACUUUGUGAGUUGGAUGAUCGCGUCAACGAGGUGUAUCUGUGGCAUGGCACACAAGUGCGUACCGGCUUGCAGAUUGCAAUGAACGAUUUCAACCUCACCUUUGCCGGAUCUGGGGCAGGUACCAUGUAUGGCAAAGGCUUGUACUUCACCGAAAGCUCCACUAAGGCGGAUGAAUAUGCAAGAGAUGAACCGGAUGGUCACUAUGAUGGCAUCCGAGCACUUCUGCUUUGCCGCGUUUGUGUGGGCAAAUUUUACUACACCCAGGGACGUGAACCCACAGCGAUUGACAAGCAUACGGCUGGCGAGUCUGAUAGCACACUGGGUGACCGUGCCAAAUCAGUGAAUACAUAUCGUGAGAUUGUGGUCUACAAUGAAGACCAGGUGUAUCCCGAAUACUUGGUCAUCUACGAACGUCUUCAUGGAGGAGCCAGAUCUUCACCCCCCAGGGAGGAUUUGCCCUUCCAGCUGGAACUUCCUCUCUACUGGAAGACUGUGGGCAAGGUACGCCGUUCACCUAAGCGGGUGCGUGGCCAUAUCACCCGCGGGCUGCUGCGUGGCUUGUGCUCUUCGGUCUUGGGCUGGCCGAAUCACCUUUGCCUAGCAGCCUUCCUGGAGUAUUUGACCGAGGCUUCCUACGCGGACAUCCUUGUGAACCACGACACUGACUACAAAGCGCCGAGCACUCCGGAGACAGAGGGCUACAGCGCGCAGGCAGUGGCACGAACAUCGACGAGGAAGUCGAAUUCUUCGCCCAGAGCAACUGAGGCGAAUUUUUCAGAUCCUGCAACAGCAUCAUUCCAGAGAUCAAGGGUUUCUACGCCUGAUCACAUCAGCAAUGGCUUAUCCACAACAGGAGCAAGCUGGUUGGAUGUGCGGCAACUGCAGAAAGUUGCGUGCGAAAAAUGCGUGGUUCUGCGAUCUAUGUGGGUCGCCUUGGGAGGACUGCAUCGUCUAUCCCCAGAAGAAGAAGCAGACGACCAGAUCGACCUCAAGGCGUACAUACUGGACGGAGCCAGAUCAUGCACCAUGGGGCAAUGCACAAGAUGGCAAAAGCCCAAGGCAGAGCCCGAGGUCCAGAGGGGAGGCACUGUCGCCAACGCAACAGCCAGUUCCUCUCAUGCAGAGCAGAAGCUCAAAGAGGUUACCUCACUGUUGAAGAAGGCCAAUCCAGAGAGCUCGACUCCCGACUUGCAAUCAUUUGUGGCCGAGGAGACCAAGGCAGCCACAAAGAAAGACGCCAAAAGUCUUUACACAGCCGUGGACGAGCUCACCAAGGCCAGAGAAUCUUUGGACACUGCCUUACUAGCCAGGAGCAACCUCAUGGCACAAUGGAGAGCAUUUCUCACGAUGUCGCUCGAACGUUUUCGUCAGUAUUCAGAUCACUUUCAGAAACAAGAAGCGGCCCAUCAGGAGAAUAUCUCCAAUGCCAAAGAGAUGCUACAAAAGGCCAAGACCGACUUCAACACGAAGGAGGAAGAAGCAACAGUGAUAUCCGACGAAGAGAACGAGAUGAAGGACACUGCGACCAAGGAAUCUGCAGUGAAAAUCAUGGAAGGUCUCAACCACAUGACAGCAAGCCUUCAGAAGCUGUCAGAGCAAGCAGAGAUGGAACACAAUGCGGAGGAGGAGAGAAAGGCGAAGCGGCCAAGGGAAACAAAGAAUCAAGAGGAGCCCACCUACAAGUCACCCUGGCAGGCAAGUGAGGAUGCCAUGCAACUAGCCUUCAGUAUGCAGCCGAAUGGUUUCAUAGAGCAAUGUGAGCGACUAGAAUGGGGUUUCUCAGUACCUCACAGGUAUGAUGAAUGGAGCGAAGAAGUCAAACAAGUUUGGGGGGACCUCUUUGACAGAGAGGCUGACUUCGACCUUUACCUUGUGCAGCCGGAACCCCCUAUCUCCAUCACAAGAGGAAUCGUUGGCAUCGUGCUCAUCGUCCAACAUGCGCAACCAGGAGGAGCAGCAGUUCUAACUACUGCACUCUUUGAUGAGCUGCCCACCCCAAGAACGCUAGAGAUAGCACACAUUGUUGACAUUUGGACUGACUACGCCACGGCCUUGCAUCGAGCAGAAGCCUUCGAAGCAUGUCGAGAAGCUGAACGCCAGGACCUUCGACCAUGCGUUCUACGUGCUGGUCCCCAUGUCUUCCCAAGGGAACGUCCAAUUAGAAUGCACAAUGGUCUUGGCCUGGUCGUCAACGUCCCCAUGCUCAUCAAUGAAGAGGAGUGGAAUCAUUAUAUUCGCCCUCGAAUGGAACAAUGGGCUGAUGCUGAUGACAUCCUACAGCCUGAACAACAUGAGGAAGCAGACCAUGCAGCAAUGAUGGCACGAAGACCAUACAGAGUGGUCCCCACAUCGUCAAGUUCAUCCACAUCAGCUGCUGAAUCAACCACACGCUCCAGAAGCAGGGAACCAUCGAGUGGAACCAGUACCUGGUUGAGAUCGGUUGUAUUCACUUCUGAUGGUCAUGCUGUCCCAUGUUUACUUCCUGAUGACCAACAUCAAGAAUUUCUCCGCAGAAUUGCAAUUGCCCUUGAACAAGAAGAGGUUGCCGAGACCUUCACGGUCCCAGAUCGUCCUGAGGAUUUGGUUGCGGCAGAACUUCAAUGCAUCCUGGCCCUCCGCAAUGGCGAGAGACGUCCUAUCUCGUUUUUACGGUUUACGCUGCUGGACCUCGAGAUCAUUGAAACGAAUGAGGUCCUUCCUGGUGCAUUUCGAAGACUAGCCAAAUGGCUACCGCAUACCACGACCCAGACAUCCUUAUUUCGGCUCCUCUGUAUUGAAGAUGUGGUCAGACGACACAGGGACAAAACGCAUCUCUGGAUCAACAACAAUGCCGUUGACCCUCAGCAGGAUGACCCACUCAUGCUUGAGGAUGGCGAUUAUGUGAAGGUUUUCAUCGGAGAUGAUGAUCAACGUUUCAACUGUGAAGCGACUGUGGAUGAGACAUCGCUUUUACAGGGCCCUGGCAUUCGCCAAUCAAAAGUCGGCGAGAAGCAUGUUGCCCCAUCAGAUCACUUUGACAUCUGUGGGAGAAGGCCUGGGCGUCGACACAGGACUCCAGUACCACUGGCAACUGAAACCGUGGACCCAGAACAUCGCAGACUCCAGGAAAUUUGGAAUCGACCACAUCUCCAGUCCUUGGGAACAAACAAUGAGCCCAUCAUGUACUUCGAGACGUGGUUUUUGAGUGCGUUAGAUUUCCCGAGGUGUUCAACGUCAAGACUUGCUGCACUUCCGGCCCAAGUACAUCUCUGGGAAGGCGCAUUACGACAAGUUUGGAGGGAUCGCCAACAUCCCCAUUGGCCAGUGAAAUUGCAAUUGAUCUAUCCGACGCCUGUCGGGGCAGCACACGGUGGUCAUCUCCUUAUUCUACAGCAUGAACAUCCUGGCGAAGCUGAUGUACUCCUCACUACUCUUGGCAGUCCGCCCAAUGACCAAUUUGCGCAACUUGUGCCUGGGCUGUUGCCAUAUGACCGACUUCUAUGGUUUGCUGACCAAGAGAUUCGAUGUGAGGAUCGGCAGUGGGUAUGUCAUGCUGAGCACAACCAUAGGAGGCUCUACGACAACGGCCCUUGGCGUGCGGAGAAUGGACAACACAUUGAGAUCCAUGUCAAGAGACGCUUUGAACAUGGCCCCCAUGUUGCGAAUUCGUCCACUAGUCCAUGGAGACCUGCGCCACCACAACCUCUAUCUCCAGCAAGCUCAAUUGAUGACUUUGUCAUGGAUCCCACGGCACCACCCUUUGUCCCAGGUGAAGCUCCGUUGGAGACUAUGCCAGAAGUCAUCCAAGACCUACAUGAAGAAUGGACGAGAACUGCGGUGACAUGGCAAGGAGAACAAGCCAGUGCGGAGAUUGUGACCUGGUUCGUUGAUCAGCACGACCCUCAACAGAGAGUAUGCUGGCAUCCCCGCAACUUGCGCCUUACAUCCCAAUUUGCAAUGUGGGAGCAUAGCAUACGCACACCCUGGCGCGAUCGAAUCCUUGCAGGUGCACAAUUGGAGAUUGUCUUAGUACAACCUCGGCCACCUCAACAAGCGGUCACUGUUGCGGCCCAUGUCAUUGUCAUCCAACGUCCACAACCUACAAUGGUGACAAGUUUGGUCACUGUCCACGACAACACGGCCAAUCAGCCUGAACCCAUUUGGCAGCUUGCGCUCACCACAUGGGAACAUAUCUUCUUGGAGCAGUUCAUCCAUAGCUUGGGGCUCACCUAUCGCUGUUUGAUGGCAGGUGCAGACAGGCAAUGCGAUGGAUGGUAUGGAGCCUACAGACUCAUCCUUGGACGGCCGCUACAAGGUCGCGAUGGUUAUGGCAUUGUUCUGCUACUUUCUGAAAGACCACCUGCAGCACCAGCACAGCAUGUUGCCAUGAUCCAGACACAGGUUCGCCUUAGACCUGCAUCAGCAACCAUGAGUGCAUGGGAACAAGAUUUGGAUGAGCCAGCAUUGACACCGAUUCCCCUUUCAUUGGAUCAACUGAUCCCUGAGAUUGAAGUGGUGAAGGUCAAAGCGGCUGAUCACCAUCAGCCAAUGCCACAGUUCAUUGAGAUCCCCAAGAACUCAGAGGAGUCAGGUGUCACGGAAGAGCUAGCACACUGGGGACUGCGAUGUCCAGUUUUCAGAUUUGGCAUCCGUGGCGACUAUCUCUACUUCAAUGCUGAGGAGAACCAAGGUGAAGUCAACCUCCACUACAUGCUAUGCCACGAUGAUGUACAAGAUGAGAACGGUUCCAUUCUCCACACAUCGGAAAGACCCCUUGAUGACAAAGAUCUUAUGAGGCUUCUCCACCGACUGGGCUAUGAACGGGCCGUGAUCCUCUCCACCGAGAUGCUCCUUCCCAGUCUAUGCAGAGUCCGAUUUUGGAAUUGUACACCAACGGCAGCUCGUGAUGACCGUCCACCACGGGUCAAAACAUCGUGGCCAAAACGAGCGGUUACCUCUUGGACACCGAGCCCAUUAUUUCCUGCCCGUGAUGUCACUGCCGCACUGCCUGCCCAAUGUCAGGUUCAGACGCUUUUCAACUCAGAAGACAUAGUCGAGCUCCUCCAAGCCGGCAAUGACACUCUGUGCACUGAUUUCACUGGACUCGAUCUACCCUCAUUCAUCGAAGAGGUCCUCACGAACAGUGAACCAGGCCGGCUUGACGAAGCAUGGGACCGAUGGCUCAUAUUCACUGAUGGUUCAUCACAAACAAAAAACAAGCACUUCACACCAGAGUUUGCUGAUGCAAUGACUAUGCCAGACACAUGGGCCAUGAUAGUCCUGGGCGAGCGAUACACCACAGACACAGAUAGCAUCGUUGUCCCACUUGGCUGGCAAGCACAUCCAGUGCGAACAGACCCGCAGGGAUCCUGCUUUGUUGGAUCUACCCGCAUCGGUGCCGAUGUGGCGGAACGAGAGGGGCUCUUGUGGGCUGGAUUGUGGCGGUUGUCACAAAACAGCAUUGUGCCUACUGUAUUUUGUGUUGAUUCACAAAUCACUGGAGGACAAGCAGCGGGGACGGUUGGUGUAUCUGAGCCCGACUUGACAUACCGACUGCUGCGUGGUACGUUCCAAUGUCUUCAAGCUGGACUACCUUUGCACCAUCUCGAGAUCCACCAUGUACGGUCGCACACUGGUGAUCCAUACAACGAGUUUGUUGACCACGUUGCCAAGAGAGAGGCCCAGAACAGCUUUCAUCAUCGACGUCUGAAGCUGAACAUGCAGAAGUGGCGCCACUUUCUACCUUAUUUGUGGCUCGUGUUUGCCCGAGAUCGUGGAUUGCCUGCAUGGAAGGAGGGGCUCCAUGUGUCGGCACCGGAACUUCCCGUUGCGGCUUUGCCUGGUAACCCAACCUGUGAUCAAAAGAAGACGACGUCGAUCAUUGCAUGCCAGCUUGGCAUUGCCACAAUGAAUGUCCUCUCCAUCUCCAAAGGGCCCAUGGGGCAUGGAGGCAAGCUGUACUACCUCUUCGAACAAGUCAAGGCCCAUUGUCUCAAUGUGGUUGGAGUACAGGAAGGCCGAAGUGAAGAAGUCUUCAGCACUUCUCAUGAUAUCCUACGAAUUGGCGCUGGACACUGUGGAGGUCAGUAUGGAGUGGAACUUUGGGUCAACCUCCGACAACCAGUCGGCUAUGACAGUCGGCGAAAACCACAGUUCCUCAAGGUCCAGGACUUCCAGGUUUGCCACAAAGAUGCACAAAGACUCAUUGUGAGGUGUCAAGCGGAUCUGCUUGUAUGUUGGUUCUUUGUCGCACAUGCUCCCCACAGUGGUCACACCAGAGCCAUGCGCCAAAUGUGGUGGGAUGAAACCGACCACCUCAUUGACCAACUCGAUGAUGGAACGCCAUGGAUUUGGAUGAUCGAUGCCAAUGCAGCACCUGGAGCAGCUGAUCACCUGACGGUUUUCACACCAGGAUUGGCGACCAGUGGGAACACGGACAUGUUUAGGUCCUGUCUCCAACGACAUGGGCUUUGCCUGGCGUCCACUCUAGAGUGUCACAAAGGGCCCAGAACUACGUGGACGAGCCCAGAUGGUGAGAAGGAGCACUGCAUUGACUAUGUAGUCAUCCCGUGCAUUUGGAAGCACGCCUGCACCUUUUCCAGCGUCAUUGAGACAAUGGAUCUUUGCACAACCAAUGAUGACCACAAGGCUAUUGGGCUACAACUGGAAUGGUCUGCCGUCAGCACCGCUGUUUCGGCCAAACUGAAGACGAGCCAUCCCAACUGGAAUAGUUCGGAAGUGCGCUCGUUUAUGAAGGAGCAGUUGACCACCAUGACACAUUGCCCAUGGCAUUCGGAUGUCGAAGCACAAGCACAACAUCUGGCCAGCGCUCUUCACAAAACUAUGAAGUCGAGCACACAGGGGCAGUCCGCAUUCGACCCCACGUUGGAAGAGGACUGCUAUGUACCCUUGCAAUGUCGCAAAGUCAAGCUGCUGGCGGAGUACAAGAACUAUUCCAAGAAGCUCCAGAAGGGAUUGAAGCAGGCCAAACAAACUCACCUGCGUGAAUGUUUGGACAACAUGCCUCCAUCGACACCGGCAUCUGGUAUUCUCCGCAGCUUGCGUAGCUAUAUCGGGCCUACCAAUGUCAAAAUGUGCAAGCAGAAAACCAUUCCACUGGUUCAUGACUCUGAAGGAGUGCCUUGUACGACACCGGAAGCCGCCCUCAGUGCUUGGGUCAGCUUUUUCCAAAGUAUGGAAGGUGGACAGCGAAUCUCCUAUGAAGCCUUGCGACAACGGUGGCGGGACAACCUUGAGCAGCAGCGGCAGACUGAGAUCAAGCUGGAUUGUUCUGCCUUGCCUACGCUCACUGACCUUGAGCUGGCAAUGAGAUCCACGGCAUGUGGCAAAGCCCAAGGAGCAGACAAUAUUCCAGGAGAACUCCUCCACUACUUCCCUGUGGAACUGGCGGCUCAGGUCUACCCAGCACUAUGGAAGUUACUGCUGCACGGACAGGAGGACCUCUCCUAUAAAGGGGGCAAACUUGUGCAGGCGUACAAGGGGCGUGGACCAAAACACCUCUGUGAAUCCUUCCGUUCACUUUUGAUCUCCAGCCAAAUCGGCAAAGCCAUCCAUCGAACGAUCAGAACCUUCCAGGCUGAUAUCUUUGAGAAGUUCAUGCAGAAGCACCAGGUCGGUGGCAAGAGAAAGAUGCCAGUGACUUAUGGCCUUCAUCAAGUCCGUGCGCAUCUCCGACAUGCCCAACGCCAUGGAGAUUGUGCCGCUGUGGUAUUUGUUGAUCUUACGGAAGCCUUCUACCGAAUCUUCCGACCACUCUGCAUGAGCAGCACCAUCAGCGACGAGACCCUUGCGGCCUUUCUCUGCAAGCUGAAGAUGCCAGAUUCUGCUCUACAUGAGCUAUGGACGCUUCUUGAUGGACCCCAUGCUCUCCAUUUGGCUGGACUUCCAGAGCAUCUCCAGAGAAGUAUAGCUGCCAUACACAGCAAUACGCACUUUUGGAUGCAGGAGCAAAAGGAUGUGGUGGAGACGCAAUUUGGUUCCCGUCCUGGAGACCCUUUCGCUGAUGUCUGUUUCAGCUACGUCUGGGCUCGAGUGCUCUUGCGUUUGCAGACCCACAUGGAAGAGCAAGGGCUAGCUGACUAUUACCCGCAGCUCCCACAACUUGACCUUUUCGGCAGUGCACGCGCCACGGAAGAAACUGGAGAUCCUACCAGCUUCAUUGGCCCAACGUGGAUGGAUGACACCGCAGUCUGCAUUCGGGGCAAGAAUGUGCCAGAGCUGCUCGCCAAGGUCACACAAACAGCUGGCAAACUUUUGGAGUUGAGCAUUGAACAUGGCAUGUCUCCCAACCUCAAGAGAGGCAAAUCGGAGAUAUUGCUCAGCUUGCGAGGCCGCAACUCACGCAAGCACAAAAUUGAGCUCUUCGGCCCGCAUGCAACGUUGACGCUCCCGAUCCUUACAGAACACCAAGCCUAUGACAUGCCCAUCACCAACAAGUAUUUACAUUUGGGAGGGCUUUUACAUCAUGGACCAGAUCAGCGCACAGAAGUCAAACGCAGAUUGGCGUUGGCCCAUGCUGCGUUCAACCAGCACAGGAAGGUGCUGUAUCAUAACCAACAGAUACCGCUACCCAAGCGAUGUGAGCUCUUCCAGAUCCUCAUCGUGACCAAAAUGCUCUACGGUUCUGAAAGCUGGUUGAUCACAGAUGACCGCACUGUCAAAAUGUUUCAUGCAGCCAUCCUCAAAUUGUAUCGCAGACUUUUGAAACUGCCCCGCGAUCAGCACUGGUGCACAGAGAAGAUCCUUGCAGAAGUUGGUCUUCCUUCUCCAGAUACGCUGCUACGGAGACAGAGACUGCGGUACCUUGGAACCCUAUUUCGUUGUGGAACUCCGCAUGAUUGGGGCUUCUUUUCAGAAGACAUUGAUUGGUGCGCAUACCUAGAAAAGGACAUUGAAUGGAUGUGGGGGCAGCUCCAGAGAAGCUCUGACCUUCCAGAUCCUAAGGUUGACUUCGCCCACUGGACCCGCAUCAUUAGAUGCCAUCCGAAGUUUUGGAAGCGCUUGGUGAGAAGAGCCACUGCACAUGAAGUCAUGCAGCAGCAGAGAGUAUGGAAAGUGCGUGAAUUCCACCUUUACGCUGUUGAACGACUACAGACAGUCCUUGGGCCUUUUGAGGUGAUGAAACAUGCGGCAGAAGAGAAGCAAUCUCCAACGUGGUUUGGGUGCCUUCACUGCCGUAUUCGCUGUGCAACGAAGGCAGGGGAAGCAGCGCACAUGUUCCGCGUGCAUGGCCACACUGCAGAUGUGAGGAAGUUCAUCUCAGAGCCGACCUGCCCGGCGUGCCUACGCGUCUUCCACACUAUGCAGAAGACGCAGGCGCAUCUGUACUACUCUGCACGAUGCCGAAGCAUUUUGCAGAGCAGACCGCCAACAGCGGAAAUGGCACCAGGUGCAGGGUCCACGACCGACAGAAAACUUCAAGAUCAGCAUGAUCGAUUGCUCCCACCUGUGCAAGCAGCUGGGCCACACAACCAGGCACCGAGACUUCGCGAAGAUCCGAAGAUCCAUCACGAUCUCUUCAUCUUCCUAACGGACCUGGUCGUACCUAGCAUGUGCUUGGUGAACUUUGAGCACAUUGCGCGCACCUUUGCCACCGACAACGCCAUCUCUUGGACUUUGUGGACCAGUACACUUUGGUUCUUCGAGGAGGCCUUUAACAUUGAGGACGGACAGUUUGCUGGCAUUGCCGUUGAGGAUUUGAAGAAAACUCUGGAGAGCCUUCGGGAUCCCGAGACAUUCCCCUUCAUGGAAGCCCAACUGUCCAAGCCUCACACCCCCGAGACUUUGGCAGAGCUGGAACAGAGUUGUUUGGAGGCUCCCGGACCAAGUGAGGAAUUUCUCUGCAGUCGCCCAGCCAGUUUUGGACGACAUCGAGUUCUCCUACACGCGUACUCAGGCCGACGCCGGCCAGGAGACCUCCAAUACUUUUUGGAACAUUUCCAACAAGCUCAAGGCCUCGACAACUAUGUGCUCCACAUAGUGUCCAUGGACAUCGUCAUCGAUGCCCAAUAUGGCGAUGCCCGCAAUGAAGCGACUCGCAAUUACUGGCUUACAGCAAUUCGGGAUCGCAAGGUGGUGGCGUUCAUUGCUGGCCCCCCGUGCGAAACGUGGACAGCUGCCAGAGAACACCAAUUACAAGAUGGCCGACGAGGACCGCGACCGGUCAGGAGCGCAGAGGAGUUGUGGGGGCUCUUUUGCAUGCAGCUCCGCGAGCUCUGCCAGGUUUGCAUUGGCAAUGAGCUCCUUAUUUUCGCGCUACAGGCCUUCAUCGAGCUCAUGGCCACUGGUGGAUGCGGUCUUUUGGAGCACCCUGCGCCGCCGCCGAAACAGACCUCCCCGAGCAUUUGGAAGCUGCCCAUUGUCCAAGCAUUGCAGCGCCACCCAAAUGUGGAGACGUGCCGCUUCGCGCAGGGUCUCCUUGGAGCUCCGUCGCCGAAGCCGACGCAGCUAUUGCUUUUGAAUUUACCAAACAUGAUUUUGGCCCUUCACCAGUGGCGAGUGUGCAGUGAGCUUCCGAAAAGCUCGGCUAUUGGUGUUGAUUCGUCAGGGGCGUGGCGAACAGCGCCACUUAAGGAAUAUCCUCCUGCGAUGUGUGCUGCCAUCGCUGAGGUGGUGAAACAUGAGAUUGUUGAAUUAUUUCAGCGCCUUGCAGAUGGCACUUGCAAAAGCUCUGUCAAGGUGCUAAAGGUGAGGCGAAUCGAAGAUUCUGCCCUGUGGUGCCGCUAUAUCAAUUGGAAGCGCAAUCUGAGCCAGGGCCUUUUAGAGGAGGGUGACAAGAUCAAGGCACCCAAUGAGCUGGAUGGAAAUCCUGACAGUGGCCAUGUCCUCACGGAGAAGAUUCUUGCAGAGAACCGUGGUGACCAUGCGAUCAGUGUUGAGAACAUGCAGCCUGGCCUGAAUGAGAUGCUGCUGUGGCAUGGUACCUCCCAACAAGCAGCUGAGGCAAUCGCUGAGGAGGGUUUCGAUGUGGCAGAUGCCCGCCACGGACGUCGUUUUGGAAACGGUGUCUAUCUUGCCGAAGACUUGACAAAAAGCUUGGACUACUGCAAGUCGGCGGCGAAUGGGGUAAACUACGUGCUUCUAUGCAGGGCCACGUGCGGUCACAUAUACUACACCGAGAAGGAUUGGGAUUCUGGAGCAGAUUCGCCUGCCAAAGCUGCGGGCUGUACGUGCGUCCUGGCUAAUCCAAGCAAGAAAGGACCUCGGGAGUAUAUCCUCUUCGAUCAGUCCCAGGUGUACCCAGAGUACAUCGUAGAGAUGACACGCGGAUAG